AUGUGUCUCUUGUACAGUGUCGUUGUUGACGUGUACUGUACGAGACAGUCGUGUCCUACGAUGUGUGCUGGGAGAAAAUACGAAUACCUAUGGCAAGACGCCCUCGAAUACCCACGCCCAACAAAAUGCAGCGCACCCGACUACAUCGAAUUGCUGCUUCAAUGGAUUGAUCGGAUGCUAGAUGACGAAGCGAUAUUUCCAGCCAAUGACGAGUUUCCGUCAAAUUUUAGAGACUGUAUAGGGAAGAUAUUUAGUCGCAUGUUUAGGCUGUAUGCGCAUAUUUAUACGAUGCAUUUGAGGCAAAUGGAGCAAAUUGGGGAGGGUGCACAUCUGAAUACUAGUUUUAAGCAUUUCAUUUUGUUUGUAACGGGUACGUUGUCUUUGGUUUGUUGGAGUCAGGGAUUUGACUGCAACUGA